UGUUGGCGUCGUUUCUUAACAAAACCGCCACAACCCUCUCUCUCUCUGGUCUCAAUCUCUAUGCUCUCAGUCUCACUACGUUCAUGCUACUACUACCACCACCCUUCACUCUCACUCUCACAGUCUCACUCUCACUCUCUCGCUCUCGCUCAGCUCUCAAAACACUCUCUUCCUUUCUCGUCUCCACAAAACCCUUCUCUUCCAAAAACCCUAACCUCACAAUGUCGAAACCCCCUUCCGCUUUCGACGCACUCAUGUCCAACGCACGCGCCGCCGCCUCCAAGAAAAAGCCCCAAUCUUCUUCUCCCAACAAGCGCAAAACCCUAGAUUCCAACCCUCCCCAAAACCCCAAAACCGCCAAAAUCCCCAAUUCUUCGCCGCCCGGUAACGCCGUUUCCGACGCGAAACCCGAAGAAUCCAAGCAGGUGAAAGAGAAUGGAAACUGUGCUCAAGAUCCUAAAUUGUCUGGGUCGGAGAAGAAGCCGAAGGUGAUCAGCGUGGAGGAGAGGGUUGCGCAAUUGAAGAGCAAAAUGCCGGAACUGAAGAAGAAAGCUGGGGAUUUCGAUCCGAGAUCGGUGGCGAGUUGGGGCGAGGGCGAGCGUGUUCCGUUCAUGUUUCUUUGUUUGGUUUUCGACAUGAUUUCAAACGAGUCGGGGCGGAUUUUGAUCACGGAUAUUGUGUGCAAUAUGCUGAGGACUGUGAUGGUUACAACCCCUGACGAUCUUGUGCCGAUUGUGUAUCUUUCGGCCAAUAGGAUUGCCCCGGCGCACGAAGGGUUGGAGCUUGGAAUUGGGGAUGCUUCCAUAAUUAAGGCGCUUGCUGAGGCAUUUGGGAGGACUGAGGUUCAGGUUAAAAAGCAAUACCAGGUUUUGGGAGACUUGGGUCUUGUUGCGAAAGCAAGCCGUUCAUCUCAAUCUAUGAUGCGCAAGCCUGAUGCCUUAACUGUUACCAAGGUUUUUAAUACAUUCCAGCUCAUUGCUAAGGAAUCUGGGAAGGAUAGUCAAGAGAAGAAAAAAAACCAUAUCAAGGGACUACUUGUUGCUGCCACCGAUUGUGAGCCUCAAUAUCUAAUUCGUCUACUUCAGGCAAAGUUGCGUAUUGGAUUGGCAGAGCAGACUCUAUUAGCUGCAUUGGGUCAAGCUGCUGUAUAUACCCAAAAAGAUUCUACACCACCUCCAAACAUCCAGUCUCCUUUAGAAGAGGCUGUGAAGAUUGUUAAACAAGCAUACUCUCUACUUCCUGUCUAUGAUAAAAUAGUCCCUGCGCUUCUUAGUGGUGGUGUGUGGAAUCUCCCAAAGACAUGUAACUUUACACCUGGUGUCCCAGUCGGACCUAUGCUAGCAAAGCCAACUAAAACGGUACAGGAGAUUGUACGUAAAUUUCAGGAUUCUGAGUUUACCUGUGAAUAUAAGUAUGAUGGAGAACGUGCCCAGAUACAUUACAUGGAUAAUGGUUCGGUUGAGAUAUACAGUCGAAAUGCUGAACGGAACACUGGAAAGUUUCCUGAUGUUGUCAUUGCAGUUUCAAGGUUAAAGAAGUCAUCUGUUAGAUCAUUUGUUCUGGAUUGUGAACUUGUUGCUUAUAACCGUGAAAAACAGAUUAUUCUUCCCUUCCAGACCCUCAGCACUCGAGCUCGUAAAAAUGUGGAUGUGAGUGAUAUCAAGGUUGAUGUUUGCAUAUUUGCUUUUGAUAUGUUAUAUCUUAAUGGCCAACCGCUUCUUCAGGAGGAACUUAAAGUUCGUAGGGAGCAUCUAUAUGGCUCUUUUGAGGAAGAAGCUGGAUUUUUUCAGUUUGCGACUGCAAUAACAUCAAAUGAUUUAGAUGAAAUACAGAAAUUUCAAGACAGUGCAGUUAAUGCAAGUUGUGAGGGUUUAAUUAUCAAAACAUUGACUAAAGAUGCUACAUACGAGCCUGCAAAGCGGUCACUUAACUGGCUAAAAUUGAAGAAAGAUUACAUGGAUAAUUUAGGGGACUCGCUAGAUUUGGUACCUAUUGCUGCUUUCUAUGGCCGUGGGAAGCGUACAGGUUUCUAUGGUGCCUUUCUCCUUGCUUGUUAUGACAGCAAUAAUGAAGAAUUUCAAAGCAUUUGUAAAAUAGGCACUGGGUUUUCUGAAGAAGUGCUUGAAAAAUGUUCUACAAAUCUCACUUCUAAAGUCAUUCCUGAACCAAAGUCGUACUACCGGUAUGCAGAUUCAAUGAAUCCAGAUGUAUGGUUUGAACCCGCUGAGGUCUGGGAGGUGAAAGCUGCAGACUUGACCAUUAGCCCUGUUCAUCGUGCUGCAGUUGGCAUAGUGGAUCCAGAUAAGGGCAUUUCUCUUCGAUUUCCUCGGCUGAUGCGUGUCCGUGAAGAUAAGAAACCAGAGGAGGCCACAUCGUCUGAGCAGGUGGCUGAGAUGUAUAAUUCUCAAAAGCACAAUCAUCCCAACGAUCAAGACGAUGAUGAAGAUGAUUGAGGAACAGCAAUAUGUGGAGAUGUUUCCUGUGUAAAAGAACAGCAGCUUUGUCAAUGCAGCCAAUGUGAGUAUAAUAUUAAUGCAAAAUUUUGGCAUUCAACCAUACAACCCAAUUGGUGAGUGCCUUAUCACUGUAGGAUGCAUCAUAGAGGAGUUAGGCUAUGAUGUUAUCUACACCGAAAAAUUUCAUGAUAUGGAUUCGCUAUGAAUUCUAAGAAUUAUUCCUGUAUCUGCAGUUGCAGAUUUAACUGCCCUGUCAUGUAGAAAAUUUUUCCUGUAUGUGCUAUCGCACAAUCACAGUUUGUACAUAAAAUAUCAGGCAAUACAAUGAUUUUGUAUUGCAUUGAGUAUAUUUCCAGACAUUAUCUUUUUAAGCUGAUAAUAGUUACAAUACCUGAUUA